AUGAACGGCUCCCAGGUGGGAGCCUCGGCCAAGGCCGCCUGGCUGAGCUGCUGCAACCAGUCGGGGUUGCCACUUGGGACCCCAGAGGGGCCACGCAUGGCGCAGGCAGUAGUGCUGGGCGUGCUGUCGCUCCUGGUGCUCUGCGGGAUCCUGUUCCUGGGUGGUGGGCUCCUCCUGCGAGCCCAGGGUCUGACAGCCCCGUUGGCUCGAGAGAGGACUGCAUCACAGGAGGCUGAGCCCGGUGCCUGUGCGGGGGAUGAUGACUCUUGA